AUGCUAAAGGAAGUCUGUCUCCUACUGUUGGUCACAUACGUGGCAGCUACUUACAAUACUGGCUACCCAUCCAUACCAACCUACCCUAGCACAUCUUAUCCACCUUACCCCUCAGGUGGAUACAGGUAUGUCGUGUACAUCCAAUACCUCUACUACCUAUACGUUACAUAUGGACCUAACUCUGUCCAAUAUCUCCAAUAUUACCAAUAUUUGGUCAGACUGCACAUCAUUCCUCAGGGAUUUAACUUUGGAAGGGGAGGAUAUCCAGGAUUUGGUGGAAGUAGAGGCUUUCCAAUAGGAGGUGGAAGUGGAGUUAUACCAAUCGGCGAAGGCACAACAGGAGCAGGGGGAUUUCCGUUAAGCGGUGGAUUUGGCAGUCUACCCACAGCAAGUAGCGGUCUAGCAGGUGGAUUCCCGAUUGGCGGUGGAAGUCUAGGAGGUGGAUUUCCGAUUGGCGGUGGAAAUCUAGGAGGUGGAUUCCCAAUUGGCGGAGGAAGUCUAGGAGGUGGAUUCCCGAUUGGCGCUGGAAAUCUAGGAGGUGGAUUCCCAAUUGGCGGUGGAAAUUUAGGAGGUGGAUUCCCAAUUGGCGGUGGAAAUCUAGGAGGUGGAUUCCCGAUUGGCGGUGGAAGUCUAGGAGGUAGAUUUCCUAUUGGUGGUGGAAAUCUAGGAGGUGGAUUCCCGAUUGGCGGUGGAAAUCUAGGAGGUGGAUUCCCGAUUGGCGGAGGAAGUCUAGGAGGUGGAUUCCCAAUUGGCGGCGGAAGUCUAGGAGGUGGAUUCCCAAUUGGCGAUGGAAAUCUAGGAGGUGGAUUCCCGAUUGGCGGAGGAAGUCUAGGAGGUGGAUUUCCUAUUGGCGGUGGAAAUCUAGGAGGUGGAUUCCCGAUUGGCGGAGGAAGUCUAGGAGGUGGAUUUCCUAUUGGCGGUGGAAAUCUAGGAGGUGGAUUCCCGAUUGGCGGAGGAAGUCUAGGAGGUGGAUUUCCUAUUGGCGGUGGAAAUCUAGGAGGUGGAUUCCCGAUUGGCGGUGGAAAUCUAGGAGGUGGAUUUCCUAUUGGUGGUGGAAAUCUAGGAGGUGGAUUCCCAAUUGGCGGUGGAAAUCUAGGAGGUGGAUUCCCUAUUGGUGGUGGAAAUCUAGGAGGUGGAUUCCCUAUUGGUGGUGGAAAUCUAGGAGGUGGAUUCCCGAUUGGCGGUGGAAAUCUAGGAGGUGGAUUCCCAUCUGAUGGCAGCUCCUUAAGUUUUGCUAGCAGUGGUUCCAGCUUCUCUUCUAGUAGUUCUGGAUUUCCAGCUGGAGGAUUAUCAGGCCUUGGUGGUGGAUUCGCAGGAUCUGGACUGAAUGGAUUUUCUUCUAGCGGAUUUUCUGAAAGUUCCUUUUUAGGAGGCAAUCAAUUCCCAAAUGGUGGAUUUUCGGGUCUUUCAAAACCAAAAUAUGACUCCCGAGGAAGAAACACCGAACAGACCAAGAUGCUGAAAGAAGUUUGUUUUCUGUUGAUGGUCACAUAUGUGGCCGCCACUUAUAACACUGGCUAUCCCUCUAUCCCAUCAUACCCUAACUAUCCCAACUUUCCCUCCAGUGGUGGAUACAGGUAUGUCGUGUACAUCCAAUAUCUCUACUACCUGUACGUUAUUUACGGACCAAACUCCGUCCAGUAUAUCCAGUACUACCAAUACUUGGUCCGACUACACAUCAUCCCUCAGGGAUUCAGUUUUGGAAGUGGUGGUUUUCCGGGCGGUAUCGGUGGUUUCCCGGGCGGUAUUGGUGGUUUCCCUGGCGGUAUUGGUGGUGGAAGUCAAAUCAUAGGGGGUGGUAGUGGUAUAACCCCUAUUGGAGGAGGAUACAUUCCAGGUGGCGGAUUUCCAUAUGGAAGUGGAAAUCUAGGAGGUGGUUUUGGAGGAAGUGGUAUCGGUGGACUGCCCCUUGGCGGCAUUGGAGGAUUCCCAUCUGGUGGUGGUGGAUUCCCUCUUAGUAGCGGAGGAAGCUCUCUUAGUAUCUCUAGUGGCAGUUCCUUCCAAAGUGGCGGUCUUGGAGGUGGCUUCGGAAGUGGUCUUGGAGACAGCUUAUCAGGCAGUAUUGGAGGUUUUGGUGGUGGACUUGAUAGUGGUUUAAUCAGUGGGCCAGGAAGUAUUGGCGGUGGAAUAGGAGGAGGACUAGGCAGUGGACUAGGAGGAUUUAGUGAUGGUCUUGGAGGUGGUUUAGGAAGAGGGCUGGGAGGUAUGGGAGGUAUUGGAGGUGGACUUAGUUCCCUCGGAAGCGGUUUCAGCGGAGGAUUAGGUGGAAGUUUAGGAGGAGGUAUCGGUGGUGGCCUUGGCGGUAGACUCGGAGGAAGGAAAAAGCUUGGUUAUUACUGAACUUCUGACUAACCCAAAUGGAUUUCCUUCUGGACCUUGAUUUUUUGUAUUAUUCCAUAUUUGUUGGUUAAGGAAUAAACAGAGGACGCCAAUAA